AUGACAUCUCGUAAACCACGAAAUUUAAUUAAAGAGAAUUGGUCAUCUCUUUGUGUGACCGCGGUUCUUGGACUUCGUCCAAUUGAAUUAUGUAAAACAAAAUUAUUUGGAUACAUAUACGUUAUUACAAUAUUAAUAUUAUACUAUACGCAGAUAUAUUUUGUAAAUGAAGAGGUAAAUAAAGUUUACGACUACUUAGAUAUGAUAUCAUUAGCAGUAUACGUAAGGAUACACAGAGUUAAAUAUUAUAUAAAUGCGAUAGUAUUAACUCUUAUGAUAAUAACGAGUGUAUUAAAAUAUGAGCUUGUGACAAAUAAUGUAUACUCAAGUCUUAAUGAAAUUGACAGAAAGCUCAUGUUAUUAAACACUAAAUUAAAUUAUGAAAAAUACAUGAGAGAGAAUAUAAUUCAAGUGGUUGGAAUUAUUAUGUUUACUAUUUUAAUAGGAUUGACGGAAUAUUUUAGCUUUAAAAAUGCAUCAAGUAAUUUUACGAUGUUUAAUUUAAUGUGGUUUGGAAAUCAAUUUCCUCAAAUAGUUAAUAGUGCUGCAAUAGUUACUUUUGUUAUAAUAAUAUCAGAUUGUUGUAGAAGACAUCAAAUUAUUAAUGAUUUAAUUUAUAAAUUGAGAAAUAUCAGCAAAGAAAUAACUAAUAACAAUAAUACUGAUGUUAUUUCACAAGAAAUGCAUAAUGGAUUAAAACUCAAGCUUUUACGUCAGAUAUAUGAAAUUUUGAGCAGUACAGUGAUGAUAAUGAAUGAAGCAUAUGGAUUUAUGUUAAUUUUAACAUUUAUAACUCACUUUAUCGGCAUCUCAGUACAUCUUAAUACAAUAUACAUGACAUUUGGAGAUCAAAAUUACAUUGUAGAUUUAAUCGUUGAUUUUUUAUGGGCUUGCUUCUAUUUUGGAAAACUAAUUUACAUAAUAAAUGCCUGUCAGUCAUUUGAACGUGAGGGAAAGCGUGCCAGUAAACUGCUACAUGAAUGCCGAAUCGACUCAGAUCAUAAUUUGCUUAAGCAAGAGACUGAAUCAUUUGCACGGCAAGUAAGAAACGUGGAUAUUAAAAUCACCGCGAGCAAUUUAUUCAUCAUCGAUUAUUCGGCCCUGUGGAAGAUUGUCCUCGGUCAGACAGCCUACGUCUUCUUCCUGUCGCAAUUCACCAACACCAAAUGA